AUCACUAACUAUUCUUUCUUAAAAAAUCCAAGAAAAAUGAAAACUAUAUUAGACCAAACAAAAUUGUAGUGGAUGUGACAUUCUAGAAGCAUGUUCCACUUCUCUCCUUUGUCUUCCACCAUCUCACUAUUCAUUAGGGGAAAAAAAACACACACACACACAACAAAGUUGGAAAAAUAAGUGAAAACGUGAAUUACCAAAACUACCCAUAGUUCCCACAAGUACUCCUAUUUGCUUUCCAGAAAAACCAAACUCUCACCCAUUCUCUGCUCCUUUCUCUAGCUCCGAACAAAGAACCAAACAAAAUCCAUGUUAGACAUGUCGGAAUCUGUACUAACGGCGAUGUACAGUUGGUUCACACCGACCGUACUCUUUGUCUUCCUCAACUUAAUGAUAGGCACCAUCGCCAUUAGCUCAUCUUUCUCUUCCAAAUCCAACGACCCAAAUCAAACUCAGAUCCAACGCUCUCCUUCCAUGAUUCACCGUCUCAAAUCCAUAAACUUCUCUUCCUUCACUUCUCCAGAUAAAUCUCAUCUCGAGUUCCCUCCUUCAACACCUGAAGACAACAACAACAACUCUCACCAACCAGCUUCAAUCGAACAGUAUCAACCUUUCUUGUCUAGAUCUCCUUCUGUUCUUCACAGAAUCAAAUCUUUCAAUCUUUACAACUACAUUUCUCAAGAACCCACCAAUAUAGUCGAAGCUCCACCACCGUCGGUGACCGUUGAGUCAAAACAAGAACAAGAACCAGAACACGAACAAGAAGAAGAAGAAGAAGAAGAAGAGACAAGUCCGAGUCUUGAAGAGGUUUAUAGUAAACUCAAUCUAAACCAUGUCGCUAGGACAAAAUCUGACACUGAACCAGCUGCUGGAAUCAUACCUCCGAAGCUUCCAAAGAAGAUGAAGAAAUCAGCAAGCACGAAAUCUCCAUUCUCUCACUUUCAAGAAGAUGAAAUCUCCGUAGAGGCUCGUCGGCCAGCGACGGUUAAAGUGCCGAGAGUUUCGACGGUGGAAGAAGCUGAUGAAGAAGUAGAUGCGAAAGCUGAUGACUUUAUCAACAGAUUCAAGCAUCAGUUGAAGUUGCAGAGGAUUGAUUCCAUUACCAAGUAUAAGGAGAUGGUGAAGAAAAGAAACGACAAGUGAACAAAAGAAAACUCUUGGGGUUGUUUCUUAAUUAUGUAUUAAUUUGUGGACCUUUUUAAAAAUUCUUAACUUUGUUUAGCUUUUCUUUAAUUUCAUCUUCACUGUAGAUUAUUGUUAUCCCCCACUGGCUUUUUGUUGCCCGGAACUGUUUCUCUUUUUCUUUAUGACAAGAAAAAAAAAACAAGAAAAGAGAGUUCGAGAAUCUUUGUCUUUGUAAAUGGCUGAAGGGUUAUUUCAUAAAUUCGAAACCAUGGUCCAUGAUUAAAGGUUGUUACGUGGUGGUGAUGUUCUUA